AUGUCCUCGGAUCAGUGGGAGGUGGAAAAUGGAAGAUGCAUUACUAAGCUGGGGAACAUGGAUUUGAGAGUGGGACAUGGAUUGAUAGAAAGGCUUGCAAAGAACACUGCAAGGUUCAAGGAUGAAUUAGAUAUCAUGAAGUUCAUUUGCAAAGAUUUUCGGACCACUGUUUUCAAGAAACAAAUGUAUAAUCUAAGGACAAAUCAUCAGUAUUUAGCAUUUACAUGUGGCUUCAUCAGAGGUGGCUUACCAAAUAUGGGCAUAAAAAAGUAUUGUGAUAGCUGA